UUCCUAGGAAGAUUUCUCUUUUAGCUUGGCUGCAUAGAGAUUUGCAGCCCUUGGAGCCUCCUGCAGGUGUGUCUGCAGGGAGGACUUCUCAAUCUUCUGGCCUGGAUGCUGCACACAAGGCCAGCCCCCAUUUCAGGGUUGCUUUGAAAGGAAAUAUCAGAGACACAGGUGACAAAAACUCAAUGGAAACAUCUGAAGUCAUUCAGCAAAUGCUGAAGGAAAUGCAGCAGGGAGGACAAGGAAUGAAAGGAGAGGCUGUGCAGAAACAAGACGCAUUUCCCCGAGGAAGCACUGGCUCUGUUCCAGCCUCUGCUGCAGGAAGGGAGGCCAUGCCAGGCACAGUCACAGGAGGUGACGUUCCUAGGAAGAAUUCUCCAUUAUCUUGGCUGCAAAAAGUUUUGAAGCCCUUGGAGCAUCCUGCAGGUGUGUCUGCAGGGAGAACUUUUCCAGCACCUUUGCUGAUUGCUACAAGCAAGCCCAGCUCCCAUUUCAGGGGUCCUCUAAGAGGGGAGAACAAACCUAGCGGAAAAAAGGAAUCGCAUGGGUCAAAUGACAUCCUGGAAGACACUGUGAAGGAACUGCAGAAAGGGCUUGAUUCAGCCGGCACCUCAACAUGUGUUCCUGGCUCCCAGGAGGGCCAUGGAAAGGGUUUCCUUCAGGAUAAACGCAACUGCCAGGAAUUAAUAUCAGGCCUGCUCGUUUUGGAGUUUUUCUGCAUUGUUGCCUGCAUCGCAAUCUGGAAUUGCUGGAAGAGAGAACGUCACACCUCUGGACAGCAGAUGAAAGAUGGUGGCAACACCUCACACUGACAGCUUGAGCAGCUUGUCCAGGAAUAAUAAAGACCAGGGCAGCCCUUGCAAGAGCUCUGAGAAGAGGAAUCCAAAACAACCAUCUCCGAGGACCCCUCCUAUUACCCUGUAGAUCCCAUUGCCAUCUCUUCUCCACAUGGAUAUCCCCAAGUGGCAUUCACACCAUUUUUUAACUCCCUCUGCCCCAUCCCAGCCCAUUCCCAUGUUGUUCUAAAGACCCCAGCACCAGCCCAGCACCCUCCAGCCCCAGCUGAGAACAAUACAGCACUUCCUCUGCCCCUCAGCCCCCUGGCCCUGCCCUCUAUACAACACUGAACGUGAUCCCUCCUCCCCACUCCCAUCUGGGUAGCCGAUGGCCCAUUGUUCUGUUCCAAUAAAGAGAGAGAGCUGUC